AUGUCCGGCUACUACGUUUGCAAACGAAGGCAAGCCCAAAAGAGGUAUCUAACACAAGCAAGAUCAUCAGCUUUUGAGCGGAGGAUCGGGGAGGAAGAGCCCUUUUAUGCACAUUGUAUCGAGGUAGUCGAGGAGCGUAACGUCCCAUCCACUGAAUCUAUUUGUGUUGAAAUAGGCCGCGCCGCUUCACCACGUUAUCGCCUUCAAUACCCCUUGCAAAGAGUCGACGUGAUGUACCGACGUCCGUUGAAUGCAUUUGGGACGUCAUUAUGUGGGGAUGCCGAGGGAUGCCCCAGGUGGGGCAUUGAGGUUGUUGAGGAACGCGUGGACGUUGUCGAGGAACACUGUGACGUGGACGUUGUCGAGAAACGUGUGAACGUCUAUGGGGAAAGGGGCCUUGGGUCAGAACCUCCGAAGUAUGCCCCCUUCUUUACGAUUAACAACCUCCAAGUCGUAUCCCUGCUCAAUCACUUGUCCCGCCCCGAGGACGUACACGAAGUUGGGGAUAAUUUGGGAUAA